AUGCAAGCUAUACCAGAUGCGCGCCAGCAAACCUUUGAGGAGAUAUAUGGGCCUCCAGAAAACUUCCUCGAAAUUGAGGUAAGAAAUCCUCAAACUCACGGUACAUCGCGCAACAUGUAUACCUCCUACGAAAUCGUGUGCCGCACCAACAUCCCCGCUUUCAAACUUAAACACUCCGUCGUGCGCCGCCGCUAUUCAGAUUUCGAAUACUUUCGCGAUAUACUGGAGCGCGAGAGCGCGCGCGUAACAAUUCCACCUCUUCCCGGGAAAGUAUUCACCAACCGAUUCAGCGAUGAUGUAAUUGAGCAUCGACGCGAGGGUUUACAGCGGUUUUUGCAAAUAGUCGUAGGGCAUCCCUUACUGCAAACAGGGAGUAAGGUGCUUGCCAGUUUCGUGCAAGAUCCUAACUGGGACCGGAAUGCCUGGUAG